GUCCCCGAUUCCCCCCAUGUUUUCCACAAUGUAACGGAAUCCCAAACGCUGCUAGUUUCAUAAAUCACACAAUCGAAAAAAUCGCAAAUAGCCUCCAUCUCCCUUCAAGGUCCCUGAGCAAGUGUACCUACUCUUUCCGGCUGGUGUGAGUCGAAUUGCCCAGAUUAUAUAACAAUUUUCGGUGGAAAUUGGCCGCGUGGCGCGACAAAUUGGCCGUUUUUGUCACUUUUUCACGUGAUGAAUUUCCAUCUCGACUGAGGAUCGAGUCAUUUCAAUCCUCAAUCGCCAUUUCUCGAGGCAAUAACCGUAAUAUAGUAACCCAAUUCCGCGUGGCUAGACUUUCAUCUUAAGUAUUUUGUUUGAAAAAAAUAACGUUUUAUCAAAUGACGAGGCGAUGAAUUAUUUAUGGACAAGGGCCUGAGCGAAAACUGGGACGUUAUUUCGAGUUGCGCAACGCGGGCCGCACACGUGCUGGAAUUUUGAAUCAGCGGACAAGUCUGGGAACCACUGAUAAAUGACCGAAAAGCCGAAAUUUUUGCUUGAUCCGGGUCAAGCCCAAAACAAACAAAUUCAAAUUAAUCCGAAAUUACGAAAUCCCGUGCAUCCCAAUUCAUUUGGUGGCCCCCACUAUACAAUCUCUAGCAAGUGGCCGCCUUCCAUCUGCAAACUCUAUUACUUCUCCGAGUUUGUAACACUUGCAACGCUCCGAGAGCUCGGCUUGUGAUGUGACUCAAGUGAGGUGUCUACUGCAUUUGGAAAUUUUUGGACGAGCAUUUGGGGCUAAAUCGGGGCUCUUUUUGGGGAUGAAGUACCAGCCAUGGGUACCGCUAUGCCGAGCGCACCGGCCGCUCAGGGGUUCCUGCCAACAGUAGUUCUUCAGAUGUUACAGUGCCCACAGUGUCUUAAACUCGACCAGUCGUUUUUAAAACGUGAAAAUGCAGUGCCCAAGACCUUUAGUGUUAGUGUUAGUGACAUCGGCUGUGAUAGCCGCAACUCCGGUACCAUCUGGAACCACCACAACAGCAAGGUACUCUUUAGGAGGACACACUCAUUUAACAUACCUACCUCAAUUUUCCGACACGACAGAACUGAUCUCGGUCACUAGAAACCCAAAACGACCCAAAAACGAAACGUUUUACACAGACAUGGUACUGAAAAUUUUGACCCAGCCCACUUUUCGCGGCGAAAAUAUGCGCAAAAUUAAACGAAAAGACCAACAACUACUCACAAACUUUGUCAAAAAUAAUUUGGAAGAUCUAAACACCCCUAACAAAACGAUCAAAGUUGGUACCAAAAACAAGGUUCGUGUUGGUACCACCACUCGGAAAACCACGAAACUUACCCCAAACCCUAUAGUUAUUAACAUUACUGCACCCCCCAAAAAACCGACAAAGGUGGUACGCGUAACCAAACCCCCUUUCAAAAUCAAACUAACCCCAACCACCAAAAAACCCAAAAUAAAACCAACAAUUAGACGCGUUGUCACAAAAUGGCCCAAUGAAGUCAAACAGAAUUGGUACGAACAAGGGGUACCAUACCCCACCCCCAACCCCGAAAUCAACUCACACUCGCCCCCUUACUCCCUCAGCGAGGUCGCUUCAGACCCUGGCCAGGUCUCAGAACCCCCCCAGACUGACCUAAGCAAUGCUAUCAGUACCUUUAAUCUGGACAUGGCCCCCGACCCCUCCAACAUCCGAGAUGGGGCCGGGGGUUCCCCUUGCCCCACAGUCCACAUUUCAAGCUCGGUCCUAACCCCCCAACAACGCCAAGACUGUUCCGACUUAAACCUCGUCAUAAACUCCCAUUUCCAUCAAAAUUCAGUAACAGACCGGUCCCCCCUUACCCCCGAAACGUACGACGCAGCCAACCAGGCCCAGCAGGAAGACCCGGCACCGCCCCCGCAAACUCAAGCCGAUCCUGGGGGCGGCGCCGGCGGCGCCUCACAAGCCGCCGCUCCCGCGGCCCCCGGUGGUGGUACCGGAGGGAGCGGCGGUAGUGGCGGUAAUGGGGGCGAUGGCGAUGAUGGAGGUGGUCUCAAAUUACCAGAUUUGAAAGGUUUGAUGGAUUUGUUGGGCUGGUUGUGGGACAAGUUGGGCCACCUCUUCAAUUUUUUGAAAAAUCCCUACUUGUAUCUGGUACCAAUGGUACUGUUUUUCUUGCUGGGUUUCUUGGCGGUCAUUUUGUUGUUCCCCUGGUGGAUCCCGGCGUUGUUUUUGUUCGCCAGUGCGAAAACAGCACAGAAAAAAAAUGUCGCGUUUUAUAAACAUGUCCAUAAACCGGUGCAUCACCCAGAUGGGUGGUUUUGGAACCAUGAGACUAAAACCUGGCAGAAUUUGGCCGAAAUCGUGCAUCAUCAUCAUCAUCAUCGAAGGUCGGAUGGUGAUGGUGACAGUGGUGAAGAUAAUUAUAAAGAAAUAACAGAUGCUAUAGAAAAUUUCUCGCGGAAAUAUGAGAGUAGUAGUCAGUCGUGGAAGUGGCGGAGAAGGGUCAGGUAGUGGUUAAAGGUGGUCAAGAUUUUUAGUCAAUCGUGUAAAUAUUGUAAAUUUUGCUGUGAUUUCGUCGGAAAGCUGAUUGAGGUAGGCGCGCGAAUCUCUUGUACGUAGUUAUUUAUUUAUUUAUUUUAUUUAUUUAUUUAUCUGUAUUUAUCAAAAGUCGCCAUAACUGUAUCAUAUGUAUUACUAAGACGGAAAAAGAAAUAAAAUGAUUGUUGAAAC